GACAUGGCGGACAGUGGCUACAGGGCCCCUGUGGAAGACUCUCAAAAGGAUUUGGAAAAUGAUCCCUCAGUCAGCUCUCAAGCCCAGGGCACUACAGUCACACCUAAUGACACUGAAGAAGCCCAGACCCCACAUCCUGCAUCUGAUCUCAAGACCCACCAGCAUGAGGUAGGGGCCAAAGGUCAAGAGCAUGCAGACCCAGGUGACAGAUCAGGAAGUUCAGAGGACGCGGCUGUAGGAAGACACCCGAUGGAUGAAGCAGAGCACAAGAGCACCCCGCAUUCUCAAGACACAGAGCAGGGGCGUCACCCCGCCUCAGAGCAUCUGGGUGCAGAGGCCCUGGAUCUGGAUCCUGCCCGCUCCCAAAGCAGCAAGGGAGGAAGAGCAGGUGCACACCGGGGGAGCAGGUCUGCAGCCCCCCCAGAGGGAGCAGGGGACAGAUGUGACGCUGCUCAGGAGCCACUUGCUGCAGAUGCCGCCGCCGCCACCACCGAUGCCCAGAGUCCUGAUCACUGCAGUGCAGGCCCAGGGAGCCAGGAUGUACUGAGGAGGCGCCUGCCUGUGCCAGACUCUCAAAAGGAUUUGGAAAAUGAUCCCUCAGUCAGCUCUCAAGCCCAGGGCACUACAGUCACACCUAAUGACACUGAAGAAGCCCAGACCCCACAUCCUGCAUCUGAUCUCAAGACCCACCAGCAUGAGGUAGGGGCCAAAGGUCAAGAGCAUGCAGACCCAGGUGACAGAUCAGGAAGUUCAGAGGACGCGGCUGUAGGAAGACACCCGAUGGAUGAAGCAGAGCACAAGAGCACCCCGCAUUCUCAAGACACAGAGCAGGGGCGUCACCCCGCCUCAGAGCAUCUGGGUGCAGAGGCCCUGGAUCUGGAUCCUGCCCGCUCCCAAAGCAGCAAGGGAGGAAGAGCAGGUGCACACCGGGGGAGCAGGUCUGCAGCCCCCCCAGAGGGAGCAGGGGACAGAUGUGACGCUGCUCAGGAGCCACUUGCUGCAGACACCACCGAUGCCCAGAGUCCUGGUCACUGCAGUGCAGGCCCAGGGAGCCAGGAUGUACUGAGGAGGCGCCUGCCUGUGCCAGAGACUGGAAAUCCUGAAGAAGAGACGCAGUUGGUGAAGGAAAAGGAAGAGAUUGCACAGGAUACCCUGAGAAAGAUUGACAAAAAGAAUCUCUGGAGCUAUGGGCCUGUGUUUCUCAUCUGCCUCGUUGUGGCUCUUGUGCUGAGUUCCGUCAACAGCUACUAUUCCUCCCCAGCCCAGCAAGUGCCCCAGAACCCGGCUCUGGAGGCUUUCCUGGCUCAGUUUAGCCAACUGAAGGAUAAGUUUCCAGGCCAGAGUUCCUUUCUGUGGCAGCGAGGACGUAAGUUUCUCCAGAAGCACCUCAAUGUCUCCAGCCCCUCUGAGCCUGCCACCCUCAUCUUCACAGCCGCCCGAGAGGGAAAGGAGACCCUCAGGUGCCUGAGCCACCACGUGGCCAAUGCCUACACCUCUUCCCAGAGAGUGUCUGCCGUCUCCAUAGACGGAGCCCGGAGAGCCCUGGAGGACAGUGAUACAGUCAAGCUGUGGGUUGACUUGGAGCUCAGCAGCGGAUUUGAGAAUGGCCACAAGGCUGCCGUAGUCCACCACUUCGAGUCCCUUCCUGCAGGCUCCACCCUGAUUUUCUACAAGUACUGCGAUCACGAGAACGCUGCCUUUAAAGACGUGGCCCUGGUCCUGACCGUCCUGCUGGAGGAGGAAACACUAGAAGCAAGUGUAGGCCCCAGGGAGACCGAAGAAAAAGUGAGGGAUUUACUCUGGGCUAAAUUCACCAACUCUGAGGCUCCCAGCUCCUUCAGCCACAUGGACUCAGACAAACUGAGUGGGCUGUGGAGCCGCAUCUCCCACCUGGUGCUGCCCGUGCAGCCCGUGAAGAGCAUCGAAGAGCGGGGCUGCCUCCUGUGAAGCCAGGUUGAAGGGACAGGUCUGAGGGCUCCCUUCCCCUGGGAGGAGGUGCUUAGUUAGCACGUGGGAGGAGACAGCUGAGAGGCACAUGACCUUAUUUUAGAAAAGAAGCUUUCUUUUUUUUCUUUCCUUUUUCCUUUUGUAAAACCUUUUGAAUCUAAACUUUGAUAAAGCUAACAAUUGGCCUGAUGGUUUUCUUUGCCUUUUUAAGCAAAUCAGGCUUAGAGUACAGCAUGACACCUAACACUGAGGGAUUGUUUAAAUGUCCAGUCCAUGCGCAGAAUCAUUGCACAGGAAAAUCUGAUUUUCAGAGGGCCUUCAGCAGGGCUGCUGCCUUGGGAGGACUCCACACAGCCUCUUGGACAGUGUUUGGACUCAGACUAGUAAUUCCAGUGAUGUCAGGGAACGCUUCUACCACAUAGGAAGUAUUUUUAAGACUCACUUUAAUAAGGCAGUUGUUGGGUUGUGUCUUACACAGAUUUGCACUUUGAGUAGAUGAAAACAGAAAACUAGAAUUCAACCCUCCAAAUCCUACCUAAGAACCUGGUUCGUGUAUGCUUUUUAUUCCAUUAAUGAGCUGAGGUAAGAACAGCUUGGAGCAAAUGUUCCCGAGUAUUAGAAUCAAUGUAGAAAUUGUUAGUAAUCACUGGGAAUGAGGAAAUCCCAACUUGGCUGUAUCGUUUCUCUGUGCCUAUCAGCAGCCCCCUCCUUCAUAUGAGAACAUCUCUACUCAACAUUUUCUGUUAAGAUUUCAGUGGAGCAACGCUUCACCGAGAAGGAAGUUUGAACACCAUUGAUGCAGCAAAAGCACAUUCUAGAAGCUGUGACCUCGGAUGGGAAGAGAUGGAAGAGUUAAAGCCUAGGAGUAGGAAGAUGGAGUAAGGUUUGCUGUACAGGGCGAUAGAGACCUGCAGAUGAGCUACGGUAGGGUGCAGAAGCGUGGCCUCUGGCUUUGUCCAUUUCUCCUGAUCACUUCUGCCUCUGCUGCUGGAAUUUCACAGCUGUCUGUGUGAGAGUUUGAGUGCCGUUUCCAAAGAGACGGUCUCAGUAGGUGGCAUGACUUUACCACAUGGGAUUUGCUAUGCCAUGACGGGACAUUUCAUUCGUCUCUUGACACUAGUUAGAAAUGCCAUUAGGGAAGGAAUUGGCGAAAUGAAAGAGGAUGUCCUACAUAGGGAAGAGAAAGAGAAACCAUGGCCAAUAUCAGUUGUUAAGCUAUGCCCCAUGAUGGGCCCAAUAGCUGUUGAUAGGCAUAUGAACUCUAAAGCUCUAGUAAAAUGAUCUGGUCUGUUCCAUUACAUGGACAGGAAUAGCCCUGGAAUUUUGCACUCGGUUUUGGCUCGUCUGCUGCUAUGAGAUCAUGUAUAUAAUUAAGAAGUUAAGUUAUUUGAGUCUGGAGGGAUUUUAGGAAACACUAAGAAGAUCUCUAUUGAUAGUUAAAAGGAUCAUAAAGACAUGGCGUGGGGAGUGGUCUGAAAACAUUUGCCACAGAAAGAACACAGAUUGGCUUUGGCCAGAGCCUUUGGUGUGCUCAGUUAAGUGUGGAGACACACAUGAAGACACAGUAUAUAUUUGGGAUUUUGAAGGAAUCUUCAAUAGAUUUGAGAAAAGACCCUAAACACAAAGUUUAAGCAUAGUGAAUGGAAUUUGAGUUUCAACCCAAUGGAAAACAGAGGGACUGGAGAAAAAUCUGUAUGCCAUAUUUGAUUUUUUUUUUUUUUCUGUAUUUCUAGACUUCUGUUUGUUUGUUUUGAAUGCUAGUAGCUUGUCAUAUAGCCCUGGCUGGCCUGGUCCUCACUCUGUAGCCAAGGCUGGCUUUGAACGUACAGUAAUUUUUCCUGCCUCAGUUUCCUGAGUGCUGGGGUUAUAGGUGUAACCAUCACACUCAGCUUUAAUUUCAGCUCUUAGCUGUUAGCAUGUUAACAUUAACAGGUUAACAUAUCACACAGAACCAAAGGUGCCUUGCAGAACUGUUAUGCUGGCCUUCAACCUGUGCUACCUCAGACUGCAGAGGAAUGGGUCUAAAGUAUUUGUACACAGUCUAUGUCGGGUGGUUCUGAUCAUGGGGGAGAAACUUUCUUCAUUCAGUUGAUAUCUACAUAAUUUGCUGUCAACAUAAACUUAGGAUAUAAUACAUUUCUAAAAUUUAGUUCAUUUUCAAUUUUUUUUUUUACUGUUGACUUUGUUAAAAUACACUUUUCCUUCUAUACAUAAGUGCAAUCAACUGAGACUAGUCAGUUUUCUAUCCACUAUUUCAAAACCCUUUUUUUGUUUAAUUUUUUGUUUUUUCAGUAGUGGGGAUUGAACCCAGGGCCUUGACAUUUGAGGAAAGUGUCCUACCACUAAGCUACAUCCCCAGACCUUACACAUCAUUUUGAAAAGAAGCAUACAUGAGUUUGGGGUCAGAACGAGUGAGUCUCUGUUUUUAACGCAGUCUCUCUCUACAUAGCCCAAACUAGUGAUUCUCAGGCCCUAGACUUCCGUGUGGUGGGAUUAUAGGAGUGUGCCACCACACCAACUUAAUGUAAUUACUUUUUAAACAAAAAUAUAUUUUAAAAUGUACACAUAAUUAAAAUCUGUUAUCUGA